CCCCUGACCCCUCCUACUCCUCCUCUACCAGACUUACUAUUAUAAUAUAAAUACACUCAGAGAGAGACUGAUUUUGUAACGUAAUAUAUUUAUUAGAAUCGCUUUUCAACCCGUCUCACCCACCUCUCUCUCACUACUCCUCUCUCUCUCUCCCCAUCUGUCACAAAUUCACAAUUCACAAACACUUCUAACAAAUUAAGAAACGAGCGGCAGCGGCCGCCAUGGAAGGUGUCUCUACAAGCGUUUGCAAGGGUUUGAGAGGCUACUGGAGGAGGAGAGGCUACGAGAAGCUAAGUGGGUCGGGUCGACAGCACAAGAACCGGACGGAGCUGGGUUCGAUCCGUAAAAGGCGCGUAUGGCGGAUCCGGAUCAAAAUCGGUCCGAAGCUGAGCUUCCUCAGAAGAAUCCCUUCGCCCAAGAAUUUGUUGGUGUGGCUACGGGACGCCUAUGUCAAGCUGAUGCUGGGAUUCGCUAACUCGCAGGUCUUUAGUACCGGCUACGGUGGGUCCGUCUGCGACUACGGGGUCGGCUCCUUUGGAAAGGGUCCAGUUAAGGAGUAUGAUGAGAAAAUGAUCAUCGAGAUCUACAAGUCCCUGAUGCUGGCGCAAGGUCAAUUGGUGCCCCGCGAAGCACCCAAGCUCGGCUCAGAAAUCGUUCACCACCGGCUGUAAAUCUAGAAGAGAAAAUCACUUCACCCGCACCAAAAAUAAAUAAAAAUUCACUCUUAUUUCAUUUGUUUCGUUUGCCCUUUUUUUUUUCUGGUAGUUUUAUUUGAGUAACCUUUGAUUGUAACGGGUAGAUUUGAAAGCAGCUGGGAAUAAAUUAAAUUGAUAAAAUGUCAUGAUUAAUGAAUUAAUUCGUCUUUGUUCA